AUGUUGAGGAGAAUUUCUACCCAGUUCAAGAGGAACAAGGACGGCAAUGGCGAUGCUGAAUCUAAGCCUGAAAAGCAGAACAAGCGCUUUUCCAGAGCUUCACCUCCGCGCAAGUCUUCUACCAAGGAGAUCCCCGAGGAUACUCACCAAGUGAAGCGCGCCGAGGUUGAGGCUGUUUUCGAGAGAUAUGCGCAAGCUAUUCACGCUUCGCGCGAGCCUCUGCCCACCCAGACUGGCGAUGGUACCUACCAGAAGCAUGAGGAGUCCAGUGGACUUUUGGGUGACCUCAAGUCUCUUGGCUUCCGUGAUGUGAACACUGUCAAGGACUUGAUCAAGAGCAAGGCCUCCGGCGAGCUUGUUGACGACAAGACCUACCUUAUGGAGCGUAUUAUUCAGCUUGUCGCCGGCAUGCCACCCCACUCUAAGAACCGUACUGAACUCACCAACCAAUUCCUCGAUGAGCUGUGGAACACUUUGCCCCAUCCCCCUCUCUCUUACAUGGGUGAUGAAUAUGCUUACCGUUCCGCUGACGGCUCCAACAACAACCCCACCCUUCCCUGGUUGGGUGCUGCCAACACCGCAUACUGUCGCACCAUUCCCCCCCUCACAAUUCAGCCUACCGGCCUGCCUGAUGCGGGUCUGAUUUUCGAUACCCUGUAUGCUCGUCAGCAAUUUAACGAGCACCCCAACAAGGUCUCCAGCAUGUUCUUUUCUUGGGCCUCUCUGGUCAUUCACGACAUCUUCGAGACCGACUACCGUGACCCAUCCAAGAACAAGACCUCUGCCUAUCUGGAUCUUUCCAUUCUGUAUGGUAGCACUCAGGAUGCCCAGGACCUCAUCCGUACUCGCGAGAAUGGUAAAUUGAAGGUCGAUUCCUUCUCCGAGGCUCGUAUCGGCUCUCUGCCACCUGCUUGCGGUGUUAUGCUUGUCAUGUUGAACCGUUUCCACAACACUACUGUUGAACAACUGGCUGAAGUUAACGAGAAUGGUCGCUUCAGCAAGCCCAGUGAUCGUUUGGACCCCGAGGCCACCAAGAAGGCUUGGGCCAAGCGCGACGAGGAUCUGUUCCAGACUGGUCGUCUGAUCACCUGUGGUCUGUUCAUCAACAUCACUCUUUACGAUUACUUGCGCACCAUUGUCAACCUCAACCGUAGCAACACUACCUGGUGUCUGGAUCCCCGUGCUCAAAUGGAGCAGGCCGGUGCCACUCCUUCUGGUCUCGGUAACCAGUGCUCCGUGGAGUUCAACCUGGCCUACCGCUGGCACUCUACCAUCUCCCAGGGAGACGAGAAGUGGAUUGAUCAGCUGUACCUAGAUCUUAUGGGCAAACCUGCUGACCAGGUUACGAUGCCUGAGCUCUUUGCGGGUAUGCAGAAGGUUGUGAAGGGCUUGGACGCAGACCCCGGCAAGCGCACCUUCGCCCACUUGAAGCGUAAGGACGACGGCAAGUAUAAUGAUGAAGAGCUGGUCAACAUCCUCAAGAACGCUACUGAGGACGUUGCCGCUUCUUUCGGCCCCCGCAAUGUUCCCAAGGCUCUUCGUGCCAUCGAGAUUCUCGGUAUCGAGGCUUCCCGUAAGUGGCACGUCGGUUCCCUCAACGAGUUCCGUAAGCACUUCGGCCUGAAGGAGUACGAGACCUUCGAGGAGAUCAACUCCGAUCCCGAGAUUGCCAACAGUCUCCGCCACCUGUACGAGCACCCUGACUUCGUCGAGCUGUACCCCGGUAUUAUCUCUGAGGAGGCUAAGGAGCCCAUGAUCCCUGGUGUCGGUAUUGCCCCUACCUACACUAUCUCCCGUGCUAUUCUGUCCGAUGCUGUUGCUCUGGUCCGUGGUGACCGUCACUACACCGUUGACUACAACGCCCGCAACCUGACCAACUGGGGUUACAACGAGUGCCGCUACGACCUGAACAUCAACCAGGGCUGUGUCUUCUACAAGCUGGCUACUCGUGCCUUCCCCAACUGGUUCCAGCCUGACUCCAUCUACGCUCACUACCCCAUGACCAUUCCCAGUGAGAACCGCAAAAUCAUGAAGGACCUUGGCCGUGAGCAGGACUACUCUUACGAGCCUCCUGUCUUCACUCCUUCGCGUGUUAACCUUACUUCUCACGAGGCCGCUAAGACCGUCUUGGGUCACCCCAACGACUUCAAGGCCUCUUGGAGCACUGCUCUCGAGGAGUUGUUUGGCAAGGGCGAGUUCGACACCAAGCAACAGGAUGCUAUGGCCAAGGCUCUCGGUACCGAGGAGUUUCCUAAGCUGGUCAAGAAAUUCUACGAGGAGACUACUCUCCACCUUAUCCAGCAGAACGGUGCUAAGCUUUCCAAGAUCAACCAGAUUGACAUCACUCGGGAUGUUGGCAACGCUGCUCAUGUAUACUUUGCCUCUGCUCUUUUCGGUCUGCCAUUGAAGACCGAGGAGAACCCCAGUGGUCUCUUCACCGAGCACGAGAUGUACAUGAUUCUCGCCACCAUCUACUCCGCGCUCUUCUUCGAUGUUGACCCCACCAAAUCUUACGGUCUGAACCUGGCCGCCUCCGCCGUUGCCAAGCAGCUUGGCUCCGUUGUCGAGGCCACCGUCAAGGCCGACACCAACAACGGCCUUCUCUCUGGCCUCAUGAGCAGCUUCCGUCCUCACAACAACGCUCUCCGUGAGUUCGGUACCGCUGGUCUCCGCCGCCUCCAAGAGUCUGGUCUUACCUCCUCCGAGAUUGCCUGGUCCGGAAUCAUCCCCACCAUCGUCUCUCUCGUCCCCAACCAGGGCCAGCUGUUCACUCAGGUCAUUGAGUACUACACUGGUGAUGGCAAGCAGCACUGGGCCGAGAUCAACCGUCUCGCCAAGGAAGACACCCCUGAGAACGAUGAGAAGCUGUACCGUUACUCCCUGGAGGCUAUCCGUAUCAACGGUACCUUCGGUGCCUACCGCAAGGCAGAGAACGACAUCUCCGUCACCGACGAUGGCAAGACCGUCGACAUCAAGGCUGGUGAGCAGGUCUUCGCUUCCUUCCUCCAGGCCAACCACGACGCUAGCGUCUUCCCUGAGCCCCUCGAGGUUAACCUCAACCGUCCCCUCGACUCCUACCUCCAACACGGCAACGGCGACAACACCGCUUUCGGAAAGGAGAUCACCAAGAUUGCCCUCGUCGCCAUGCUCCGCGUCGUCGGUCGCCUGGAGAACCUCCGCCGCGCCGCGGGUGCCCAGGGCCAGCUCCAGAAGAUCAAGCAGGAGGGUGGCUACUACGUCUACCUUCGCCAGGACGGCGGCUCAUACUUCCCCUUCCCAGCAUCCCUCAAGCUUCACUGGGAUGGUGACUUCGACUUCGUGCAGCCGAAGCAGCAGAAAUAA